UGGCAUGGUACCGGGCUCAUAUGCGGGUGUUUACGCAAAUAAAAAUACAGAACAGAAACUUCCGAUUGCAUUUUUGCCUUCAAAAAUAUUGAUUUUUUAUUUUUUGCGAUGAAAAACUAGCAAAGAAAGCCAAGGGUAAGGUAAAAUAGUUUUUAUGGUGCCAUAUUAUACUUAGAUAAUAAAAUUUUUAGCGAACAUAUUGAGCAUAAUAAUGCAUGUAUUAAUAUGCAAUUGUAAUACCGUGGCUAGACAGACUGAAGAAAUGCCUCGACUUGUGUGUUUUAUCAAAAUAUACUACAAAUAUACGAAGACUUUUUAAUAUAUACUGUCAUAUUUGUUGGUGAACAUUGUUGACAGACAUAAUAUGGUAUAGUAAUUUAUUAAAAGAACGUAAGUUUAUUCGUCUGACAACUUGAUCGCAAAAUGUAAACGUCAUUUAUCUGACACUCGAUAUCUGACACAAUAUUUUCCAUGUUCAGUAGCCGAAAGGUUUCGGUGUCUGCUUAUUAUGAGCCAUUGCAUCAGAUCCCACUGAGCCAAGAGGUGUUAUAAGCCAGGCCCAAACAAUCUUGGGGGCAUGAUCCCCCGGAAAAGGUUUCUAUUUUUUGGGUCUGCGAACACAUUUUAUGAUAAUCUGAAAGCCAGAGAUUUGGUAUAAUUUCUGUCAUAGGUGAUAAAGUUAAGAGGUUAUGCCCCCGCCCCCCAAGUUUCUCUUCAAUUUUGAAAGAAUUACAAAAUUGAUUUGAAGAAAUUGUGGGUUGCUCCAGACCACCCAUCCCCCCUCACCUCCCUGUGGCUACACUUCUGACGGAACAGUUGUUAUUUACACCUACGGCUAUAGCCCCCUAGCCCAUUCUGCUGCCAUUGGCCUUUGAAUCCCAGCAAUACCCCCUCAUUAGUGAAUAACACCUGUUGAUUGGGCACAAUGACAUUCCUGGAUUAAAGUGGGCUUAGUUUAGAUGGGGACAUUCUUUUCAGGUUUUUUUUUGUCUAAAACAAUGUGUAUUUUGUAGAUCCCAUUGAAUGCCAGAGCUUUCCCCUUGAUGAGUAAAAUCAUCUGGUGUUAGACAGAGUAGAAUGAUAAAGAGGGUACAUUGGGUGCAAUGCAACUUAAUGGGUUAACUAGACACAUGGGCAGAUACUAUGAUUAAUCCAUUGAGUACGAGCAUUCUCACCUUGACAAGUAAAAUUGUCUGGUGUUAGACAGAGUAGAAUAAUAAAGUAGGGUGUAUUGCAACUUAAUGGGUUAAUAUUAAAACAUAUGACUGUCAUACAGUAUAUAUUCAGUCUCAAGGCUUUGGUCAGCAUUUUCGGACAAACCACAUUGCAGGGUUUGAGGUUGGAAUUAUUUCCUGGAAUCCAUUGUGAGUACCAGCAUUUCUUAACCUGGUAUCGAAACUGCAAAUCUGGAAUCCAUAUUCUCAAAAUAAAACAUGCUUUUGGUGUUUUCAAUCUCGUACCCAGGUUCUCAAUCUUCGCUCCUACCUCGCUUGAAUUGAGACCCUGGUAUUGGCUGGUCACAUGACCCGUCAUAUUUUGGCAGAUUUGCUUAAUUGUUUUAGGCGAAGUAUAGUAAGUAGAUAUUGUAGUAAACAUUAAUAUUGUUAAAAUAACAUUACAAAACAAAACAUCUCAGUUAAUUACUAUACUUUCCCCAAAACCAUUGAGCAAAUCUGCCAAAAUAUGAUGAGUCACAUGACCAGCUGAUACCAGGGUCUCAAUUCAAGUGAGGUAGGAGAGAAGAUUGAGAAUCUGGGUACGAGGUUGUUGGUGUAUUAUGUUAUUUAAUUGCCACAAACUCAAAAGUUCACUAAAUGGAAGAGGUUUCUCAUUACUGAUGAUAGAGUUUAAUGUUAAUGGAACACAGAGGUCGUGGAACCGGGAGGCAUUGGGGGCCCCCCCCCCCCCCCCACUUUUGACCAGUAAUUUUGCAGCUUUGCCUCUGGCAAUUAUCCAUGAUGUGUCCUGAUAGAUGAUCUUUCUCUGUUAUAGGUCAGUUCAUUAAUUUUUUCAGUUCUUAAAGUGAUUCAAAAUGAGUGACGAAGAUCGUAUGAGGGCUGAGAUCAUGUCCAUGCAAGAGCGUGGAGACCAAAUCACAGAUGAGGUACAUGGGUUCUUUUUAAAUUACUGUAUAGAUGAGUAUUUUUAUAAAUUCAUCCCAUUCAGCGGCAGUGCUCUCCUCUUGACAAGUUGAGUUACCUAUGUAUCAAAACUUGACACAAAUCCUUGACAUGAACCAUGAAAUACGAGAUGUUUUCUUCAGUGUACUGCACAAGUUAUACCAUGCACGAUAUAUUUUCCUGUAAUCACAACCGAAAAAUUGUGACAAAUGGUCACAAACAGUAACACUGGGUCACAAAUGGUCACAAACAGUAACACUGGGUCACAAAUGGUCAUAAACAGUAACACUGGGUCACAAAUGGUCACAAAUAGUAAUACUGGGUCACAAAUGGUCACAAACAGUAACACUGGGUCACAAAUGGUCAUAAACAGUAACACUGGGUCACAAAUGGUCACAAAUAGUAAUACGGGGUCACAAACAGUAACACUGGGUCACAAAUGGUCAUAAACAGUAACACUGGGUCACAAAUGGUCACAAAUAGUAAUACGGGGUCACAAACAGUAACACUGGGUCACACACUGGAUCACACAUAGUAAAACUGGGUCACACAUAGUUAAAGUCACACAUAUAUACCCUCAUGAGGAGUGCAUAAUUUCAUCAAGAGCAGCCACUGAAAAUUUCAAAUGAAAGUUUUGCCACUGAAACUUUGAACUGAAAAUCAUCAUGGUGAUAUGGUAAUCUUUCGAAGUUAUUAUCAUCAUAUUUGUGGAAUAUCACAACUUAUAGAAUCUGUUCAACUAUAGGCCUUGUUACCCGUGGCCGGUACGCCAAUGAGUAUUUUCGCAAUUUAAUACUAUUAACUUUGCGACGGUUUCUAUUGCGCUGAUCGGAAAAGAGGGAAGAGCCUGGGAACAAGGUUGCUGAUCGGUCCGUCACAUUCUCGUACCCAGAGCCCUUCUUAUGCGCGGUGCAACGAGGGGCUCUGGCCAAAUCCAUAUCCGAACUGGCAUCUGAUUGGCUGAGUUCUAACACCGGACAUUGUUUUCUUACUAUGUUUUUAUGGUAUCCGGUUAUGGAUUUGGCCAGAACCCCUCGUCGCAUCGCGCGUAAGAAGGGCUCUGGGUACGAGAAUGGGUCCGACAUGGAUAAAAGUUGUUGUGGUUUUAAAGCCAACAUCGAGAUUUAUGUUCGUUCAAAGUUGUCCCUGCGGCAAUAUUUUAUUGCCACAUGCAAUCAUAUGACCCAGGACAUUAUCUAGUUUAUAUUAAAAACGAAAGUUAUAAAACAAACCAACCCAUACUCCAUAGACUGUAACGGCGUAUUCUGUAAUCGAGUUCUUCCGAAUUUGCCGUGGUACGCUAUUCAGUGGCUACGAAUUUCGCUAGGUAUCAAGUGUGUAAACCUGUAAUAUUUCAGUCAUUUCACGAUCCUUAGAUCGUGAAAUGACUGAAAAAAUAUUACAGGUUCACACACAUUGUGUUUUGGAUGGGGAAAUGUUCUGCCAAGUGCGCAUAUUUUUGUUAGAGAUAGAAACGAAGGUACAUAGUUGUACUCGUAGGUCGCAAGCACAUAUCAAAUAACAGUAUAGUGAGUCUGACACGGAAUUAGCUAGGAGCCUAGGAUUCCACUGCAAACACCUAUAUAUUAAUAUAUAAUGUACCAUGAAUGGCAAAUAGAACAUAACAUAAAUAUAUCAUGUAACGUCUAUGUUUGGUAACUUGGGUUUUAGUUGACUAUUAGCGCAAACGGUCAGCUUGCGCAAACGGUCAGCUCGAACGAGCUCAGACGGCACAGAUCACUAGGAUAAACUUACUGAUUCCAUGCGCAGAAUGCAAAUAUGGUGUAUUUUGCUACGAAAUCGUUUGAAUUGAACACUAUCUUUCUUCUCGCGAAGCUUUAAUCUCUGAAACGCACUGGUGCAGUUUUAAUUUGGCAAACUGCUUUGAUACACACGACUGGCAGCGAAGUGUUUCAUUUUCCUUGUCUCGCGCGACCCUUGCCGUUAUUUCAAAGCUGUCAUAUUUUUUGUUUUAAUUAAAUAAAAAUUAAACUGCACUAUAAAAGCAAAUUCACUCUACAAAAGCUUUUAUAUUAAGAAACGCACAAAAACAUGUAUUUUCAAAAGGCUUUGGCCUCUGUCAAACAAAAAUGAGGGUUGAUGAUAGUUGGUAUACAGUCAUGAAUUGUCACCAGGGCCAGGGGGGGCAUUUCAAGCUCUAGAUGAACAAAAUAAAGGUUUGAAGAAUAUUCCAACUAUGUUUUUUAACUUACUUAAAUAUAGAAUACAUGAUAGUGUUGUUGGGAAAGCAUUAACAACAGCUAUAACCAGCCUGACCAAGAUCGCGUGACUGGCAACUAUCUUAGGCCACUACAGAUUAAUCUUUAGUUUCUGGUCCGCCCUUAACUUUGUUUACGACGCGGGCGGGCGGGUGGUUAGGACUAUAGUAUAGGACAUAAUUACAAUUGUUGCUUUGCCCACAUUUUUGUGGUCUUUCUUGUCCCUUUUCAAUUGCUAAAUGUAUCAAAAUGUUAUGAAAUUUUACAUUAAUUGCAUUUAUUGGAUUUAUAAAUCGACAUGUAUGACAGAUUACAAAGGAUUUUACAUAUCGAAAUGAUCUAUUAAUAUUUCUAGUUUUUUUACCUCGUAAUCUCGAUAAGGCAGCGGUUUUUACCAUUCAAUACUACAUUUUGCUAGGUCUUUUUAGUGUAAAUUAAAUAUUUAUCGUUCUAUAAGUUAAAUCCUUCGCGAAAAUUUUCAAGAACUAGAAAUUACUGUAAUUGUAAACAACAAAAUAGUCCUGAAAUAAGAUCGUGACUAAAACACCACACGAGUACAUACGAGUAACAUACGAGUACAUACGAGUAACACACGAGUAACAUACAAGUACACACGAGUAACAUACGAGUACACACGAGUAACAUACGAGUAAAUACGAGUACAUACGAGUACAUAUGAGUAAAAUACGAGUACAUACGAGUAAAAUACGAGAAUUAGCACGCUUUCUUUAAAGUUUCUUUCACUUUCACACUUUCACUUAUUAUGUUCAUGUUGUAAAUGCCUUAUUGACAUAGGCGUACGAGACAGGGGGGACGGGGGGGGGGGGCAACUGCCCCCCAAAAUUUUGGAAAACCGAUGGAAAUUCGGGCAAACGCUAGGAAAAAUCAAGAAACUUCGGGCAGAUUUAUGAGAAAAUAUGUUAAAAUCAGGUUAUUUCUUUACAAUUCUCCAUAAAAAUUCAGGCAAACUUUCAACUGCCCCCCCCAGAAAACAUCAGCCCCGUUCUCCUAUGCGUAUUGAUGGAUUUCGAAGCCUCGCACGACGUAGAAAAGUAAUUCAUUAAUAUAGAAUAAAGAUUUGUAUGUUCUAAGACUCUAAAAAGGUUUAAAUGUAGUAUAUUGCUCACAGGCUGUCAGAGAGUUUUUGUAGUACAUGAAAGUGCAUGUUUGCCAUGUUGUUUAUACGUCUGUAGUCUAUGUGUUUUGCAAAUUUAAUACGUGAAUUGUACACCGGGAAAUAUAAAAUACUUAGGGUUCAUUAUUUAUCGGUUGGGGAGGGGGGAAGGAGCUGUUAGAUUCUAAAAUUCAAACAACAUAAUAAAAAUGACCCUCCCUUUUAAUGUGUUUAAAAAUGUAGUCCACCCCUUUAGAACAGUCUGAAAAUUUUUCACCCCCCUCCAACAAUAAAGUUAAGAAGAACAUAGUAUGGCCGUAUGGUAGUUCUUCCCAUCCUAUUCUUUUGUGUGCUCUUUACAACCAGGGGGGUAGAGAGGACCUUCAACUUGGGGAUGCUGGACAGGAUUUAGCCAACAGGGGGGGGUGCGAAAUAAAAUCUAAAUCCACAAUAUAAUUGUGUAUAAUCUUGUCUAAGUAAGUAGAUAUGGCCCCAAGAAGAAAGGGUUUACUUUGGGUUUUUAAAUGUAAAAUAUAUUUACUUUCAAUCAUCAUUCGGUUUUAAAAGUAAUUCGCAUUAUUUUAACCCAUCAUUUUCCAUCACGAAAAAUCAUGUCUUUUAUGCAUUAUACAGUUUUCGGACUUAUGCAAACUCGCACCCCGAAAAUGCAGGAAAUUGCAUUUCAGGGACCCUAGAUUUCAAAAUAUUCUGGGGAGUAUGCCCCCAGACCUCCCCUAAAAUGGCGCACGCCUUUUGCCCUGGCUACGCCACUAUCUCUAUACUAUCUUCUUUAUAUCAAUGCUAUAAAAUUUUAUUGUCUCCCCAAAACACUUCUUCAAAAGAUUUAAACCACUCUUUAUUUUACGCCCAUAAAAUAUAUCCCCCAUUAUUUUACCAGCCCCCGCCCACCCAACCGAUAAAUAAUGAACCCUAAGUAUUUUAUACUUCCCUGUUGAAAACGUAUUAACAGGUGUACAAUUGACGUAUUAAAUUUGCAAAACACAUAGGAGAACGGGGCUGAUGUUUUCUGGGGGGGAGAGUUGAAAGUUUGCCCGAAUUUUUAUGGAGAAUUUUAAAGAAAUAACCUGAUUUUAACAUAUUUUCUCAUAAAUCUGCCCGAAUUUUCUUGAUUUUUCCUUGCGUUUGCCCGAAUUUCCAUGGUUUUCCAAAAUUUUGGGGGGCAGUUGCCCCCCCCCCCGGCCCCCUGUCUCGUACGCCUAUGUCAAUAAGGCAUUUACAACAUGAACAUAAUACGAAGCCAAAGUGAAAGUGUGAAAGUGAAAGAAACUUUAAAGAAAGCGUGCUAAUUCUCAUAUUUUACUCGUAUGUACUCGUAUUUUACUCGUAUGUACUCGUAUUUACUCGUAUUUACUCGUAUGUUACUAGUGUGUACUCGUAUGUUACUCGUGUGUACUUGUAUGUUACUCGUGUGUUACUCGUAUGUACUCGUAUGUUACUCGUAUGUACUCGUAUGUUACUCGUAUGUACUCGUAUGUACUUGUGUGUUACUCGUAUGUACUCGUGUGGUGUUUUAGUCACGAUCCUGAAAUAAUACUUUACGGAGAAAGGACGCGGGCGGCGGACCAGAAACUAAAGAUUAACUUGUAGUGGCCUAAUACUAUAUUAUCACAUCUUUGUCAUCUCUCAUGGACUCUCACCCUUUGGACCGGGCUAAAAGUGUAUCUUAAUUAUUCUGCCUUUUGGAUAGCGGACUAUUCCCCAUUAAAAGUUCCCGAAGUGUAUUUUGCCAAAAUUCACCUAGGUUUUCGCGUAGAUUCUAUUGUAAAUAAUAUUGUAGCGUUUCCCCGGAAGUAAUUUUCGCACAUAGCGAUUGUGACCGUGUGACCCGUGUUUCUGUUCACAAAUUCACUGUCGACACAGACACAGAACAGAUUCCCGUUCGCGUAUACCCGUACGCGAAUUCUGCAAUCGCAUCUAUGAAGCAUCGGAUGUCACAAGUAACAGCACUUUAAAUAUAUUUGUUAGAUCCCUCCGCUUAAUAUAUGGUACGAUUCUUCAUACUUCAUCCAGUUCUAUUUGCCAAUUGCUGCUUUUUGUGCGACUUAUUAACAACUUCACUUUUUUUUCAGUCUCUGGAAGCCACUCGUCGUAUCUUGGGUACUGCUGAAGAGGUAAUAAUGUAUACCGUUUCAAUGGACCAUUUGCAUUAUAGACUAAAUUUUGAUUUAAACAAGUCUAUAGAUAAAAAUGCUUGAAAGAGCAUCACAAAAUGAAAGAGCACAGCUUGAAAGAGCAUCACAAAAUUAGUAAUAUUCCAAAGUUUCGUUGCGAAAUGUUGUAAAAUGCGGAUAAUAUAGCUUUACGAAUAAAGUGAAAAACAAAUGCCAUGCAAAAAUUCGCCAGAAUUGACACGAAGAAAUUUGACACUUUUUUAUGCUUUGCGUUAACAAAAAGUCUUGUCGUAUUGCGCGUAUCAUAUUUCCAACUUUUGCCUAUACAAAUCACCCCCAAAUUUGAUGUUUUUUUCGCUUACGUUUGCUCUACGAUUAUAUCUGUGUUCAGUUACCUACGGUAUAGGAAAGAAUAAGCCUUUAGACGUCUUUUGAAUGUACUUUUAUGGGAAAAUAAUACUUAAUUCGAAGGUAGCCUGUGUAGCAGGCGCUAUUUAGGGGGGAGGGCGAGGGUGGGAAAAGCUAGGGGGGAUGCGAAGGCGAGAGAAAGAGAGCGAGGAAAAAUGGAAGGGCGAGAAAGAAGCUAUUUCUUUCUCGCCCCUCCCAUUUUUCCUCGCUCUCUUUCUCUCGCCUUCGCAUAACCCCCUAGCUUCAUCCAACCCUCGCCCUCCCCCCUAAAUAGCGCCUGCUACGCAGGCUAUUCGAAGGGCACUUUUCGUUUGAUUAUGCGCUAUUUGUUAUGAUUUAUAUAGGAAAUUCGCCUUGCGCGCAGUCUCUGUUGAAGAAAACUGGCACUAGGACCUUAUGCGCAGGUCUUUGACUCCAGUUACCGCCAUAUUUGACGUCUUCGUGAAAUUUGGCGCAUUUUGAUAGCAAGUUCAUGUUUAUUUAUGGCGAUUUUGGAAGGGCAAAAUGUGCGCAAAGAUGUGGGUUUUGCUUGUGUUUACAAGCGCAUUAAUAAUUCACUUGAUCUCGGCUGUAGGAGAUGGCGAAGGGACGUCUUAGACUCAAUAUCUCCCUUAUAUGUCUUUAUAUAUUGUAUACCAGAAUCCAGAUAAGCGUUGAACAAUUGUAAUGAUUUUACGUUUAGCAAAAUGUACUUUUUAGUUAUUCUGCCUCAUUAUAGUUGAAUUUUAUGCUUGCGAAGCGUGGGCUUUGGUCUCUCCGCCAUAUAAUAAUAAUAAUAAUAAUAAUAAUAAUAAUAAUAAUAAUAAUAAUAAUAAUAAUAAUAAUAAUAAUAAUAAUAAUAAUAAUAAUAAUAAUAAUGGAAACUUUAUUAAAUGUUUUUCUUUACAUACAUAUACAAUCGUAAAUCUCUCUCAUAAAGGUAACUUACGGUUGGCUAUUUGAAUCACAAUUAUACUAAACUAAAAUAACACAACAAGGUGCAUGCAAUAUAUAUAGAUAUAUAUAUAUAUAUAUAUAUAUAUAUAUAUAUAUAUAUAUAUAUAUAUAUAUAUAUAUAUAUAUAUAUAUAUAUAUAUAUAUAUAUAUAUAUAUAUAUAUAUAUAUAUAUAUAUAUAUAUAUAUAUAUAUACAAUGAGAUAAGUCAAAUUGUUAGUAAAUGCGGAUUUUCCCAUUCCUUAUUUCGGCAACAAAAAGUGUAAUAUGUAGUUCUAAUAGCAAUAGUCAUCAUUUUCCUAACGCAGUACAUUUGGUGGUUUUUGUCAAGACCAAUACUUUCUAACAUGUCUAAAAAUGUAUACAACUGCAAAUCUCACUAUAUAAUGUAAUUUACAAUUGGCAACUUGAUAUAUUACUAUUAAAUGAUUUUAUAACGCACGAUUAAAUUUACUCUAUUACUCUAUAUACAUACUUAUACAAUAAAAAUUUUAAAGUUUCAUCAAGUCCGGAUUCACCCAGUUCUUAUUUCGACAACAAAAAAUGUAGUAGGUUGACCUUAUUGCAAUAUUAAUAAUCUUUUUAAUAACGUAUCUUACAUGAGCUUUAUCUAAAUUAAAAUGUUCUAACAUGUCUAUAAAACCAGAAGAUUCUUUGUCAAACACACCAAGUGCACUAAUCGAAAGGUUGAUGAAGUUUACCGCAUGAUAAUUUUUCUUUUGUUCCAUAAUCAUAUCUUUAUACUUGGAGUAUUUCCUGUUAACAUUGUUUCUGAGGUUAGUCUCAUAUCCAACGGUUAAUUCCAGAAUAUACAGACAAUUGUCUUUCGUCAAAAUUAGUAAAUCAGGCCGAUAAUCAUCACCAGUGAUUGUAGAAGGAUUAGAGAGUGACGACAAAUCAGCAUAAAUGGUCUGGAUAUGUUCUGAUGGAAGGUUAUUAGCGAUGAAAUUUAGAAUUGAGUCGUGUCUCCAAGUAAAUCGAUCGAGGUAGAAACUGCAACCAGCGACGACGUGCAAUAGAGAUUCAGGAUUAAUGCAGAACGAGCAUUCAGAAGACGAGGAUAGCCCCCAUCUUUGAAGGUUCCUACGGGUUGGCAGCGAAUUGUUUAUAUACCGAAUGGUAAAGUUGAAAAUGUUUUUAGGUAAUUUGGACUGACAGGCUGGCCAGAUCGUAUUUACUUGGGUUAGGGAAAAUUUUGAUACACUGGUAAAGAAUGAGCCUUGGUAUGUCAGUUGGUUUGUUAAUUUAUCUACUUGAUCAUCACGAAAUGACUUAAUCACUUCCUUCGUCGAACUGUAUUGGUCGUAUUGAAUAUUAGUAUGAUUAGUUGUUGAUUUCCAGAGGUGGAUUAUUGAUUCAUUAGGAGAUGAUUUUAAAGCAUUCCGAAUUGUUACUUGGCAUUGUAAAAACUUAGUUGAUAGGGGGAUGAUGUUAAGACCAAAUUUGUUGCUGGUUAGGUAGAUAUUACUCAGCGUUCCAGAAAUAGGUACCUCAAGCCAUUUGCGAACAUAAUAAUAAAUAAUAAUAAUAAUAAUAAUAAUAAAAAUAAUAAUAAUAAUAAUAAUAAUAAUGAACUUUAUUUAAAGAAGGUAUUACAAAACCAGUUCAGCAUAGCUAUAAAUCUUAAGGCGGAUUUCCAGUCUUCGCACGAAGCUCCUCGCAGCUCGCUGCGAGUGAUGCAUGAGCACUUUCAUCCAAUCACAAUGUGCUUAAGAGUUAAUUUUAAUUAGAUGCAAGCACUCGCAGCGAGUUGCGAGGAGCUUCGUGCACAUUCUCGUACCCAGAGCCCUUCUUACGCGCGGUGCGACGAGGGGCUCUGGCCAAAUCCAUAACCGGAUACCAUAAAAACAUGGUAAGAAAACAAUAUCCGGUGUUAGAACUAGCCAAUCAGAUGCCAGUUCGGAAUAUGGAUUUGGCCAGAGCCCCUCAUCGCACCGCGCGUAAGAAGGGCUCUGGGUACGAGAAUGCUUCGUGCGAGGACUGGAAAACCGCCUUUGCACUGGGCCUUAAAAUGGCGCGUCUGUAAUUUCACAUUAAGCAACUGGACACUAGUUUGAGCAAAUGUUCAUUCAUAUAGGGCGAAAGUUUGAUAUGUGACACUUUCUGUCUGAAGAUGACUCUGAAAUAAAGUCGAAAAUUUACAGUUUCAACCUGCGUGUUGUUUUGAAUCAUAUAUUGAAUUCUCAAGAUGUCUUGUCUUUUCGGAAUUUGUUUUUUACUUUAUUUUUUUAAAUUGUCGGCUGGUCAUGGUUUUUAUAGCGUUGCGAAGUUUACCGUUUUUCAGUCAUUUUGCAUUACGCGGGGGAAAUUGACAGCCCAAUACCCUUUGGGGCUGUCAAUUUCCCGUUUGUAAUUUCCCGUUUGUAAAUGACUGAAAAACGGCAAACUUCGCAAGGCUAUACUGUAUUUACAGCAUUUCCCAACGAAACUUUGGAAUAUUACUAACAGGGGUGGAAAAAGUAUUGACUUCCUGGGAUCGCCAAAGGGCAAUAAAAAAUUACACUUGGACACUGUAACUGUAUAAUACUAACAAGUUGUCAAACUGAAUGUCAUGCUAUAUUUUCGCAGAAAAAAAAAUUUCAGUGACAGUGCACUGAUAAUCUUAAUAAUACUUUUAGGAAUAUGACAGAACUAAUUCAGAUAACAUCCGGGGUCUGAUCCUGAGGUAAAUUUACAGAUGCAAAAAGGGGGGGGGGGGGGUUGGAUCUUGGGGCAUGCUCCUCCAAAAAGUUUUGAAAACCCGGUGUCUCAGAUUGGCUAAAAAUGCAUUUGCCAUACAACAUUUGUUACAUCAUUCGAUAAUCUAUACAUUUAUACAUUAUCCGACUAAUUUCGUACUAUUAAGAUGGACUUGCAUUUCUGAGGUCAUACCUGCAGUACAGGUAGCAUUCUUUCUAUUGGUUAGAAUUUUCCCUCUGAAUUUAUCCUUUUAUCUAAAUUUUUAUAAUUAUAUUUUUCUUUCUUGGGGAAAUAUUUUCUGGGAACUCAAAAAAUUUUCUGGCACCAAUGGUCCUGUGGUCCGAUACUUUUUCCACCCCUGUUCACUAAUUUUGUGAUGCUCUUUCAAGCUGUGAUGAAAUUUUUAUCCAAUGGUCCAUUCAUGGCUGGAUAUUAAAACUAAAAUUAAUAGCGAAAUAGAUGGGCGUCUUAAUUAAACAACUGUUCAAUGCCAAUGGUUGCUCAGUCGUUUUCUGACUUUUCUCGAUCUGAGUGUGAAGUUUGCGACAGCACUUUCUUGAUUACAGACAUUUAAAUUUUAGUUUUUUUAAAGAAGUUGCGUUCACUCGUUUUUGACGACUGGAGCAAUUUUUCCCCGUCAGUAUAGAUAGAUAGAAAAUGUUUAUUUACCCACGCUAACCUUGUCAACCAAAGUCAUUUCUCGCAAGCUUUAUUUCUUUGAGAGCGAAUUAUCUCACGUUUUUAUAGUUUAGCCUAUUUGAUAUAUCUUUAAAUCUACGAUAUAUUUGAGGAUUAAUGUUUCAUGUGGCUUUUUUAUGCCGCUUCAUGUAUUCGAACUAGAAAACGCUAACGGCUUGAAAAUUUCACUCAAAUAUGUAAGUACAAAAAGUACAUCUGCCAUUGCUUCUAUUGUAUACCUGAAAUUAUUUAUAAAGUUACGAAGCAUUGAAAACCACAGUAAAUCCAAAAUAUGUGUUGAACGGCGAACUGCAGACGGCUGACAGCAAAACGCGGUUUGCGGUUAGCGGUUUAACGACGAUGACACGCGUAAAAAUCUCACAACUUGUCAACAAGAUGUGUUCGCAAUAGGCUUGUAGCAAGCUUCUCAACAAGUUCUAACAAUGCUGUUAUUUUAUCAAGUUGCUACAAGCUUGUCACUGGCAACUUGUUGACAAGUUGUUAGUGAAUUGCAGGACGAUAACAAGUUGUUGGAACAACUUGUAACAAGUCUGUUGAACUCAACAACCUUGUAGCAAGUUGUCAACAAGCGUUGACAACUUGUCAACAAGCUGGGAACAAGCAGCAUGCGAACACAUCCUGUUGACAAGUUGUUGGAACAGCAUUGCUACAAGUCUGCUGCAGGUUUGUUACAACUUGUGCGUUUUUACGUGUGUACAUUACUAGAGAUCUUACGAUGUGGGACGGCAAAGUGAUGACGAUGGCUACGCAUACAAUGAGACCAUGAUAUUUAAGAAAAAAAUGAAUAAUUAAUAUCCUACGGGAGUUUUAAGUCUGGUUCACACUGGUCGAAAUUCAUCGGCGAUCUAUUGUAUUCUUUUCCGACAGACAAAGCAUUUUACACACCAAUGACCACAGACAAUGGAAAUGUAGUUGGUGUGUAAAAUGCUUUGUCUGUCGGAAAAGAAUACAAUAGAUCGCCGAUGAAUUACGACCAGUGUGUACCAGGCCAUUGUCUGUGGUCAUUGGUGUGUAAAAUGCUUUGUCUGUUGAAAAAGAAUACAAAAAAAAGCAGCCGAUGAAUUACGACCAGUGUGUACCAGGCCAUUGUCUGUGACAUUGGUGUGUAAAAUGCUUUGUCUGUCGGAAAAGAAUACAAUAGAUCGCCGAUGAAUUACGACCAGUGUGUACCAGGCCAUUGUCUGUGAUCAUUGGUGUGUAAAAUGCUUUGUCUGUCGGAAAAGAAUACAAUAGAUCGCCGAUGAAUUACGACCAGUGUGAACCAGGCUUUAAGCCUGGUGAUACUCAGCAAAUUAGCUCAAUACUACAGUGGAACUUUCUCAACAAUAAAGCCACUAUUUCAAGCUAACCAAACACUAUUAAAUUGAUACGAUCAAUAAUAGUCUACAAACUUUCUUUACAAUCGUUUAUUUGAAUGAUUUUAUUCUGGCCGUUGUCGCUAUGACUUGAACAAAAUGGAAAAAAGUGCAAACGAUUUUGUCAACUAUGUUGUUGUUGAGUAGUUUUCCCAACGUGUGCGGUGAAAAUGCAUAGCUGAGCUAGCUGCCACGCGAGGCUCAGCAACUUUCUCUCAUGCGCGCCAGGCUUAAGGUCUCUAUUUACCUGUAGACCCAAGACGUUGGCAUUCGAACUCUUGUCAUGCUUGACGAGCAAGGAGAACAGCUGGACAGGAUUGAAGAAACUUUGGAUGAUAUAAAUGUCGAUAUGAAAGAAGCUGAGAGAAAUCUUACAAACCUAGAGAAAUGUUGUGGACUGUGUGUUUGUCCUGGGAGUAGGUCAGAUAUUUACACUUGCAUUCUUGGCUAGCUGUCGCGGUUGUUCCAUAUACAGGGUGUAGAAAAAAAGGUAAUUCAACUUUGACUUGUUAUCGUGCAUCAAUUAAUACGUCAACAGUUUUUUUCCGCAUUUAUAAAGAACAGGCUUUUAGCUGUCGAAUGACACCUUUAUGGAAUGAUUAGCCAUUCCGAAGUUGAUGAGAGGACUGGGGACGAGUGUUAAAAAGUGCCCAAAUUAAGAAAUGGACCAAAUAACUAAACAGACCACCUCAAAAUUAGUAAGUAUACAAAGUUUGAAAACGUUUACAUGAAUACACUUCGAAUUAUAAGCUUUCGAAAAUUGUGUAUCGUGAUUUUCGAAAGCUUAUUAUUCGAAGGAUAUUCAUGUAAACGUCUUCAAACUUUGUAUACUUACUAAUUUUGAGGUGGUCUUUUUAGUGAUUUGCAUUCUUGUACCCAGAGCCCUUCUUACGCGCGGUGCGACGAGGGGCUCUGGCCAAAUCCAUAACCGGAUACCAUAAAAACAUGGUAAGGAAACAAUAUCCGGUGUUAGAACUAGCCAAUCAGAUGCCAGUUCGGAUAUGGAUUUGGCCAGAGCCCCUCGUCGCACCGCGCGUAAGAAGGCGUCUGGAUACGAGAAUGAGUGAUUUGGUUCAUUUCUUAAUUUGGGAACUUUUUAACACUCGUCCCCAGUCCACUCAUCAACUUCGGAAUGGCUAAUUGCGUUAAAAAAUGACCAAAUGCGAUCUGAUUUGAAGUGAUAAGUUGAAUUCGCAUUUUUCCACCUUUGUGAUUUAAAUGUUCUUCCAAUUUUCGAACAUUUGCCCACGUGCUUGUUGGCCAUUUGGAAAAGUAUGCCAUUGUGAGUCCAGUCUGCAAGCUUCUAGUGUUGUAAAGUGUUUUAGCCACUCAAUAUAGCGAUGUAAAAUUGCGAGUAAAAGUUUAUCAAAACGUGAUGCUUGCACAUGCGUUUCGUCAUAUUUGCUCAAGGGACUUCAAUUUGAAUCCCAAAUGUGAAUAAUUUCAAUACACAGACAAUGGCUUCACACGCAAUUCCCAACGGUGGAAAGUGCGAUUUCGACAGGCAUUUUUAACUCGGAUCGUAUUUGGCUAUUUUUUAUGACAAUGAUACAAGAAAGGUAGCAUUCGACAGCUAAAAGCCUGGUCUUUAUUGGUAUGAAAGAAGUAAAUGGAUAAACGUAAUACAUAAUGUACGAUAACAUACCAAAGUUGGGUUACCUUUGUUUUGAUAUACACCCUGUCCACAGGGUUGGUAAGUUUGCUGAAUAAUUAGGCCAAACACCGUUACACUGGGCCUUUUAUUGUCUUUGUUUUCUAAACGGCACAAAUGACGAUUUGGCUUAAUUAUUCAUCUAACUUACCAACCCUGAUAGUCCAUGCAUUUUUAGAAUAUCAAUAUAACAGACUAACAGUAAUAUUGAAAUAUGAAAAACUAGUACACCACGAGGCUUCGGUGGCGAAGAAUAAGAUAGCAAAGAAUAAGAUAGAGCCUCGAUAAGAUGGGGCUUCGGUGGCGAAGUGGUUAGCGCACUUGCCUUUCACCUCUAAGGUCGCAGGUUCGAAUCUCAAUGAGGACUUCUCAUUGUGACUGGAACCCAGUCCUAAUGUGAAAAGAGUAAGUCAACGCUCUGCCGAAAGUCGUGGGUUUUCUCCGGGUACUCCGUGUUUCCUCCCACAGGGAAAGUUAACAGGGUGGGUUAGGCACACAAGGUCUGGAGGCAGAUCAUUAAUGAGGUAUGGACUAAUAGCGGCUGCUCAAGCGCCAUUUGUAAGCUCAAAGUCUACCUCGGUCUGCUUCACGUCAGUCCGUUUGAUCUAUCUAAUCAUAAUGUAAAACUUCUGCAAUUCAGUGUAUGCUGCCAUGGAAGUUCAAAUAUACUAUCUACUAAAAUUAACUAGUACUGUAACCUGCGAUAACGUAGGUGAGUUGUAUGUUGAUUUACACAGUACAACUCAAGUUGUAAGCAGGUUGCAUGCGACAGUUUCAGGCAAAAGUUUUGUAGUCUAAAUCGGCCUUUUCUGUACAGUUACAUUUUGGCUAAAAAUGGCAACGUUCACGUUACCUUUUUCGUUACAUUUUCACGUUAAAAUAGAUUAAGGGCUCUGGGUACGAGAAUGGUCCAGUCCGAAUUGGAGGAUUUCAAAUGACAUCUCACACGAAUAAAUCACUACUUAAUUAAUUAGUCCAAGGACUGAAUUAAUUUCGAUCCAGUCCUAGGACUGGAUCAAUAUUCUUCACCAGUUAUCCAGUAUUAUCAUGUGAGCAAAAUAAAGUAAUAUGGUUGGCUAAUUUACUCAUGAGAAUUAUUAAUGCAUUUGAGAUUGUACAAUAACUCCCCUCCUAUUUGCCGGCUUGCGGUUGGGCUAUCUUAUUCUUUGCAGUAAUUAAAUUGAACUUACUGUCAAUGUAAUUACUAAAAUCUUCAGAUGUAACUUGAAACAGGUUACAAAAAAUUGAAAGUCAGUAGGGAUUGCUAGCGAAUAUUUUCGCGACAAUUUCGCCACGGCAAAUUCACCCUAGCGCAUAUUGAUUUGUAUAGGUAAUAGGAUGGUUUCGAGUACAAUUUGGAUAAAACAUGCACGAGUGGGUUUUUCAAAGAGCAUCAAAGUAGCACGAGUCCGAAGGACGAGUGUUAUUUGAGGUCUUUGGAAAACUCACGAGUGCUUGGUUUUUUCCAAAUUUCAUGAGAGAAACCAUUCCAUUACUUAUUAUAAUAUGCAUAAAAAUGUUCGAGACAAUUGUAGUUUUAAACUAUUGAAAAUUUCCCUCAAAUAUGUAAGUCGUACUAUAGUCUAGAUAAAUGCCAUAUUUUCCACCCGAACUCAACUUUUACUUCUGCAGCACGGCCGCCAUGUUUGUUUUGUUUUAAAAGAAUCUGUGACCGUUACCUGACGACUGCUUUAAGCUGAUUGGUUGAUUUUAGACCCCAUUGUUUUUUCCAACAAUCGGAUCAGUUUGUUACUUCGAGUUUAAUUGCACUGAAGUCAACCAAUCACAAUCCAGCAAUGUUUUUAUGUAUAUUAUUAGUAUCCGAAGUGCCCCGCGUAGUGGUCCAUAGUUGGUAGACUACGGCAAGCUACUCCGUUGUAGUCAUAGAUAUCUUAUAUACACUAGAUAGUGCAUCUAAUUAUUCUGCAAUUCAAAAAUUGAAGCCGUGAUUGCAGACUCAGGUCGUUCCCAUGAAAUGAGAAGAUUCGUAUGUUUUCAAUUUCUUAAACAGGGAACUUAAACAUUAAGUUAACCCUAUUCCAAAUACGCUUUUAAACUAUUCAAAUGAUGAAAGUUAUUGUUGUUUUUAAGCGUUUAUUAGCAAGUGGGAACGACCAACAUGGCCGCCAUCUAUUCAAAUGGGGGUAACCGCUGGAAUAUUAUUGGUUUCAAUUUUACUAAAAGAGAUGCGCUAUCUAGUGUAUAUAAGAUAUCUAUGGUUGUAGUCUAAACACAAUGCUAACAAACGUUGUGAAUUUUUGACAGAAUGCUAGCCGUAGCGUUACGGCGGCUUAACGCUUGUCUUGAACGACGCGCAGUAUUUCAAUAUCAUUAGAGACCUUAAGAUUGAGGUUUACGGCAAACGUCAAACCGCUAGCGAGGUUUUUGAUUUUACAACUCUAUUAUAAUAGCUUUUACACCAGUUCUGAAAUAUGUUAAACUUGUUAAACUUGUGCUCUUUAUCAAUGAUUUAAGAAAGCAAAUUAACCAAUAGUCAUGCAAUUCACCAAAGCAGUAAAUUGAGAUUUGGCGUUUGAAGUUGGCGUUUGGCGUAUAAAUUUCAUGCUUGAACUGCUACGAGGGCUUGUAGUCGUUAAAGCAUGAAAUUUAUACGCCAAACGCCAACUUCAAACGCCAAAUCUUAAUUUACUGCUUUGGUGAAUGGCAUGACUAGUGGUUAAUUUGCUUUCUUAAAUCAUUGCUAAAGAGCACAAGUUUAAUAAGUUUAACAUAUUUCAAAACUGCUGUAAAAGCUAUAAUAAUAGAGUUGUAAAAUCAAAAACUUCGCUAGCGGUUUGACGUUUGCCGUAAACGUCAAUCUUAAGGUCUCUAUUACUGUUAUACUCUGCAGUGUCCGAAUAUCAUGAAACUAGUUUUUCAUAUUUCUGGGGAUGGUUUUGAAUAUGAUUCAAGGAUAGGACGAGCCUGGAACGAGAUUGGGGUAUUUUAAGUUUUUGGGGUUGGGUGGACGUUUUCCCCUAAAUUUCAUGGGGGGUUUUAUUUGUGGGGGAAGGGGUAUACCCCAGUCCCCUGGCAUUUGGCUAUCACUUAGCAAUCUGGGGACGGUUGUUCAAAGCUGGGUUGGCCUAACCCUAGGUUAACCUAAAAUUGAAAGCAAACGUCCUGACAGCUUGUCUAUAUAUUUCUUCAGAGAUCUUGACAGGAUCAUGGGAGUUUACUUUUCUGAAGUUUUGAAAUAAACAGACGUGCAGAAAUACACAAACCAAAAGAGCAGGUUAAAUUAUAACCCAGGGUUAGCGCUAACCCACCUUUGAACAACCGACCCCUGGAACAUUACUUACAAUUACUGGACAGACAAAGCAAAUUAUUUCUUUAAUUCAUUAGUUGGAGAUGCUAAGCUUGGUUCAAAUUUAGUAUAUUUCAGCUCUCUCUCUCUCGUUUCAUUCUUUCCACAGAACUUUGUAGAGCAUUAUCUAACCUUUUGUUUGGCAUCGCAUUCAAAAAUCCCAAGCUGACUCAAAUAUUUAGAAGUAAAAAUGAAGUUAAAGUGCUUAUGUGGCGAAAUUUUAAUAAUUGUGUUUAUUUCAGAUCCAAGAGUUUUGAGAAGUCAGAUGCCUUCAAGAAAGCAUAUGCUCCUGGCUCAAAAGAUCAAGUUGUCACAAAACAACCUGGUAAAACAUAUGUUAUAGUCAUCAACAUGAUUUUUGGCAAUGGACCUUAUGCAUAUAAUCACAUCACCACUAGGGUUGGGCGAUAUUAAAAAAAUAGGUACGCAAUGCGUACAUGUGGCUAGCCUGGUAAACUUUAACUCCCCAAACCCUCCUCCAAACCCAGAAAGCCUGCCAUGCUGGUUAACUUUAAUAGUAAUAAGAAGACACACCACGAUGGUCAGAAUGCACAAAUUUUCUCCCACUUGUGCAGGCUCAUUUUGUCAGUGGAGUUUCACGGUACACUUGAAAAAUACCGUGUCAUAUCUCGUCGCUUCCCAUGUAAAUAGCGAAUUCAUGAAUAACACUUGAAUAAACACAAAUAUGUGAAUUUGCACGCUAGGCUUUUGAAUAUAACGAUUGUAAAAAGUUUCCGUGUGAUCUAUUAGCAAUUUAAAAGAUACCUAAACUGUAAUACUGCCAUAUAUUUAAUCUCGCGUUUGUUAUUUGCGCAGCAGCAGUUUUGCCGUGGAAUUAAAAUUGCGUGUCAUAUGAUAUUUUUAAUAGGCAAAUAGCGUUUGAGAUAUAGCAACAUUAACAAACAAAUACACUGAAAUCUUGGUUAGCAAACCAACUUUUACCACUUUUAAUGCAAUAUUACUAAACUGUAAUACUGCCAUAUUUAUUUAAUCUCGCGUUUGUUAUUUGCGCAACAGCAGUUUUGCCGUGGAAUUAAAAUUGCGUGUCAUAUGAUAUUUUAAUAGGCAAAUAGCGUUUGAGAUAUAGGCCUAGCAAUAUUAGCAAACAAAUACACUGAAAUCUUGGUUAGCACACCAACUUUUACCACUUUUAAUGCAAUAUUAGUCAACUUAUAAGAGAACGUGUGACAAAUCAUGCUGAAUUAUUCCACUAUAUAAUUCCUAAGACAGACAGACGCAAUAAUCCUUUAUAGGUUUAUUACAAAUAUGUAGACAUUCGAGACGCCGUCAAUGUCUGAAGAAAAGGUAUACAAUACAGAAAAGGUAUACAAUACUUAAAGUCUUUAAAUAAACGAGUUCGAUGUACAGUUUCUGGUCUUUUACCAUAAUUAUCCAAUGCUGGUUUUAUUCGCUGCAUUAUAAACGUACCUCCUCCAAACAAUACCCCUUCUUUAAAAUACCAAACAUUUCGAAUGCAAUUGAGAUAUGAAAUCUCAACAAGAAGACAAUUCAAGAUGGCAAAUGGCCCGCAAAUCAGUCAAAAGUAAAUCAAAACCCAUAUUUGCACGGCAAGUACGCGCAAUUUCUGAUCGGUUUCGCCACCAUAGGUUGAAGCCAUGAAGAUAAACUUUAUUUUAAUUUUCUGGUUUAACAACCUCACCAGUACUGCGUCGUAACAAACUAACAACAUCACUAGUAUUGCCUCGAAAUGCAAAUGUGAAAUGUCGGCAGAAAAAUACGGGCGCUUCCGAUUGCUCCCGAUACUUUACGAAAAUCCGGACUGGACACCAUGAUCAUCAUCGCUCAUCGCGUUUGUGUACUAUGUGAUAAUGGCUAGCCCGCAAACGGGCUAGCCACAAAAAUCGUCUCACGAUUAUUGUCGAGGAAAUUAUCACGAUAUUCGAAUUCGAUAAUAUCGCGAUAAAAACAAUGACCACAUUUUUGAAUUUUAAUUAAUAUCCAAGCAUAGGAAGCUUAUAUAAUCUUAUUAAAAGCAAGUAAAACAACAAAUUAAAGUAAUAAGAAGGCUUUUUCUAGUCUAAUAUUUACUGUUCAUAAACCAGAACUGUCCAUGCAGUGCCUACUGUGUCUCCGCAGGCACAAAUGCUGUGGGUAUACACAGCGCAAGCAAAGCCUGCAAUUUCAUUGGUCAGCGGGUUAAUACAUAAAUAUUAGCUUUUGUAUCGUAUUAAAUUCGUAUUAACUCAGGAAAUAGUUUUAAUUUGUUUAAAAACUAUAUUUUCUAGGAAUUUAAGGAAUUUUUUAGGAUUUUAUAAAAGCUAUAUACACAUGCGAAGCAAUAUCACGAUAGUCAACGAGCAUGACGAUAAUUUCGAUAUAUCGUCGCUCAAGUUUCUACCUUUGAUACGAUAAUCGUGAUUGAAAAUAUCGCGAUAAAUCAAAAUAUCGAAAUAUCGCCCAACCCUAUAAUCACCACACGAAUGAUACCUUGUAUCAUUGCGAUAGAAAAUAGCCAAAUAAGAUCAGGUUUAAAAAUGGCGGUCGAAAUCACAUUUUUCCACCGUUGGGAAUUGCAUGUGAAGCUAUUGUCUGAGUAGAACACUAGAAGCUUACAGACUGGACUCAAAAUGGCAUACGUUUUCCAAAUGGCCAACAAACAUUUGGGCAAACUUAACGUUCGAAAAAGCUGGAAAAAUGCGAAUUCAACCGAUCACUUUAAAUCAGAUCGCAUUUGGUCAUUUUUUAACGCAAUCAUUCCAUAAAGGUGUCGAAUGACAGCUAAGGGGCGGACCAUUAGAAAUCCCGGGAGGGGGGGUAUAAAAUUUUUGCGGCACGAUUUUUUUUCAGUCAUGUCUCUGCAGGAUUUUUUUUAUGCAUUUAACCUCUGCAAGAAUUUUUUUCAAGACUAUUUGCACUUUGCACGAAUUUUUUUGGGGGAAUUUUCACGCCUCCCCCCCCCCCCCCUCCCGGGAUUUCUAAUGGUCCGCCCCUAAAAGCCUGAUCUUUAUAAAUACGAAAAUAGAAGACCUUUAACCGUGAUAAUCAACGGACAAUAACCUCUCAAAGAUGGAUUACCUUUUUUACACACCCCCCCCCCUGCACAUUUAUGAGUUAGUUAUGGCGAAAAACUGACGUGUAUGUUAUUUUAUUAAGGUUCAAAUGAGAAUGGCAGACAGAAAGGCGGUGGACAAUCAGCAGGCUAUGUAGAAAGGUACUAUUUAAGCCGGUUUUCCACUAGGCGGAAUUUUGCGCGCGGAGCGGAAUCUUUCUUUGUCUUUUCUAAUUAGUUCCACCUGAGGAAUCACAAAACAAAGAAAAAUUCCGCUCCGCGCGCAAAAUUCCGCUUAAUGGAAAACCGGCUUCAGAGUAUAGAAUGUUUUGUAUGUUACGUAAUACGCGCUCAAAACUAUAUAUGUAUAGCCUAUAUACUUUUCCACUUCGUUAUGACUAUAUUCAAAUUUUUGAUACGUUUCUGAAACGGCAAACAACCUAAAAAUUAUGUUUAGUGCUUUAUCUGUAAAGUGAAGAGAUUUCAGAUGGAAAGAGAAAAUGAUGUCUGAAGUUUAUUUAAGUUUUGCUUAUACAUUGCUGUAUUAUGUAUAAAUAUGGCGUCAUUUUUACAGCAUCAAUGAUAAUUGUAUUUAAAUUGACAAUAUUUAACUAUUAUUUUGUGUUCCUCAACCGCCAGAUACAUUUAAAAAGGUCGCUAACUGUGUAAACUACAAAAUAAAGCUAAAACAAAUUAAUUUUGAGAGGAACGCCAAAAAGAUUUUAGGUUUUGAACACUUUUCAUCGCAAAUACACCACAUUGAAAAAAAAUUGCCUCUUAAAUUUUUGAACGCUCUCUGAUUCAAAAUACUUAUUAAUUUUCCUCUACCAUGAAAGAGCUUUCAUCCUUCAAUACUCACAAUACUCAUUAUAACUUACCCGUUGAAGGCUACAGACUGACAGCCGAAAGCUAGUAAAAUUAAUAACACUAACCUACCUAACCCCACCUAAGUUACUGUUCAAGUUUGUUAACACUAACCAGUCUAGCCCCAAAUACGAUUUUUGGUCUGUUUAACCCAAUGGACGCCAGUGCUUUCCCUUUGACGAGCAAAAUCGUCAGGCGUAAAGUAAUAAAGUAAAGUAAUAAAGUAGGGCACAAUGCAACGUAAUGUGUUAAUACUUGUAUAUCAUUCUAAGAAGUAUUAAUGUAAUAUAUCUUCAUGGUAAAAAACCUCAUCUUGAUCAACUUUUUCACUGUCAAAGUUUCAGGAUAUAAUGUCAUUAGAAUUUUUGGAGCAAAAAACAAAGGAAAGUUAUUUUGGAAUUUGCCUUUUCGUUCUGAGAAUACUGAGAUUGUGAGUUUGAUUCUCGCUGCGAAUUCAUGACACUUGUGUGAAAAGAGUCGGUCAAUGCUCUACCGAAAGUCUUGGGUUUUCUCCGAAUACUCCGGAUCCCUCUCACAGGGAAUGUUGACAGGGUGAGUUGGGAUAAGCCAGGCACGGAUUUUCUGGGAUAGGGGUGGACCCCCAGAGGCAUUUGGCACCAUCCCCAAAAGUUUUUGCACCCCCGCAAAUUAUAUCUAUUUUGAUUUGAUAGUUUCAUAUUUGAUUAGUCUUACUACUAAAUUUGUAAAAUUAUCAAUAUUAUGGUCUCAGAUGUCGCCAUGCAGGCCUAGAAAACAGAUUUUGUUAAACCUUUUCCUUGGCUACCACGCCCCGGCCAAAGCAAGCAGCAGCACCCCCCCAGACAUUUAUUCACCCCCCCCCCCCGAAUGAAAAUAUGAAAAUCCGUCUCUGGGAUAAGCGCCAAACUGACCGCGCAGAUGUGCUCCAUGAUCAGACAUGAGUCAUAACGUGCUGCCAGAGUUGCCCUUAGAAAGCCUUCGACUCGAUCAGGUUAAGUUGCGUUCUUCGUAAUUCAACUUGGCUCUCAGCUGUAAGUAAGGCCAGUUAGCCUACUCCACUUACUCUACCACAUGCGUACUAGUAACCAAUGACUAGUUUCUGUCCUUUGACUCUUUGAGUCAUUCGGCAAGUGAGUGAAUUGCUUGUGACAUGAAGUUAUAGUUUGGACGUACAAUAUUCUGAAUGAUAUAUAGAGAAUAAUACAUGGGUGCGCGGAAAUACCAGAUUUAUUUCGAGUGUUGAACAUGAUAUCUCACGAGUGAGCGCAGCGAACGAGUGAGAUAUCAUGUUCAAAACGAGAAAUAAAUCUGGUAUUUCCAAGCACCCAUGUAUUUUUCUGUUUAUUAUAUUAAACAAAAUUCAGUGUAAAACAAUAAAACGUCCGUGACAAUGCGUUUUACAACAAAUGAUAUUUUCACACGUAAAAAUAUCGUAUUUUUUACGUGUGUUUAAUUAAAUACGAUUUUUCUCAGUGGCCAAAAAGUCUAUAUAACACUUAUGUUUAUAUAAUAAAGUAAUGUACAUGUCGUAUUUUUUGCUAGAAUUACCAAUGACGCAAGAGAAGAUGAAAUGGACGAAAAUUUGGGGUAAGUUGAAGAACGCGAGACUUAUGGGGGGGGGGGGCAGUGCCUCAAUAAUUUCUGCAAGCCUUUAAAUGGUAGCUGAAACACUUCCUACUAAAACUGUAACAAUAAUUUACAACUAUCAAAGCAUUGAAGGGCAUUGGAAAGAAAUUAGGACAAUUUGCAUGAAACUGAAGACGAAAAAAUUUAGAAAACUGAGACUUUUAGCAACAAAAGAAAGGAAAAAUGUGGUGGCAACCACCUAUAUUGCCCCCCCCCCCUCAAUAUUUCGCGAAGUGUCCGUCACUGGCGAGUGAAUAUGUCAUUGCCUUGUUAUAGUCGGGCUUAGAACGUAGAAAACUCUCCAUUACACGACUAAUAAUCUCACAGCUUAUGAACAAGAUGUGUUCGCACUAUUUCUUCCCAGGUUUUCACACUGAGUUUGUUCACAGACUGUUACCAUCUUGAAACAAGGUUGAUGAGGCAAAGAAAGCGCAACAAGUUGUUCCAACAAGUCUGAUUUCGUUUGCACGUAACAAUUUGUUAACAAGUUCAUGACAACAAGCUUCUAGCAACUUGAUACGAACGGCCUGCGUAAGAAUUGUUGGAACAACUUGUAGCAAGUCUGUUACCGUCAUCAACCUUGUAACAAGGUGAUACAACAACUUGUUCCAAACUUGUUACAACAAUUGGAAACAAACAGUGCGAACGUCUUGUUGUCUGCUUGACAACAACCUUGUUACAACUACUGAUUGACCGAUAUCGGAACGAUUUUUGCCUUAUGUAGACAAUCGGAAUCGGUAGGAUUAUCUGUAUUUCCUGUUGUGUAAAACCGAUUGUUCAGAAAAUACGCACUUUAAAAAAUAGUAUUAAAAAAGUAUUAAAAUAAAUUUGAUACUUUUGUUUUAGUCAAGUAAGUGACAUUGUCGGCAAUUUGAAAUCCAUGGCUGUGGAUAUGGGGAAAGAAAUUGACACACAGAAUCGCCAGAUUGAUAGAAUAAAUGCAAAGGUAAUGUUAUAUUUGAUGAUAUUUUGGUGAUAUAUAUUUUCGAUUGUUUUGUGACUUGCAAACUGCAUUCGAUGUUCAAUGUAAGAGUCGACCAUGCAUGCAUCCUGGCCAUCGGCCAUUUUCCGAGCGAAACGCCAAUAUGGCCGUUUACUGAUUGCUCUGCACGAGGUGACGAGGAAGAUUUACAUGGCAGGCUAACUGGCUGAAUUGCGUAAAAUUAACAAAACUUACAUAAUUACAAACGAAUUAAAAACAACGCAUGUCAAUUACAUAUUACUCAAUGUAAUAAUAUUACAUAUUUAUAUGAUAUCAGCGCAAAUUCAGAUUUGUCCCCCAGCACCACCACGGCUAAAGUAGAGAUCAACCGGGGUUGUUAGCACAACCAAAUAACCAAAAUCAUGCGUAAAAACAAAAGGUUAACGCGAUGCAGCGGCAAUGAUGGUGGAAAUCAUAAAUCACGGCAUCAUUUAUGGCCCAUUAUUUUUCCACAUUAAUUUGAAGAAUUUCUCCCUCAUUCUUGCAACAACAAAACACAAUAUCUUACUAAUCUGUUAUACAUACAAAGAAAGUUAUUACUUAGAAUAUACUACCGUAUUAGGUAUAUGCGUAACAUUGUUGAGGUCAAUUGAUCAAUAUACGCUUCCGGAAAGUACGUCAUCUUUGCUGUAGAGCCUCGUUUUCACGAUUGAGACGUUGGUCGUUAGCUUAUAUUAUACCUCAAAUUCAAAGUGUCCAAUCAGAAAGCCAAGUUUGUGCCACGUGAGCAUGAAAUUUAUCAUCGAAUCGCGCCGUACGUCAAUGUAUUUAUUGAUUUUAUUAAAAAAAAAACCCAUCAUAUUCACGAAAGUAUGUGGCAAGUUUUAAAUUCUCAACUUGGAGGCUUCUAAUUAUCGGUAUAAUAUGUCUUUUAUAGACCCUCUGCUGGGGGGAUUCCAGGUCAAAAUUAUAUAGAACUCUGCUUACAAAUGUUAGUGACAAUACAAUGUAGGUGUCCCGAUUUCCAUCAUGGAUAAUCCGUCAUGGCACAUCACGAAUCAUUUGUCUUGGGGACUGUUUUUAGUGCAGAGUUUCUUUGAAACUGUGCACUAUUGUGAUGAGUGGGAAAAUUCACAUCAGUCAGUCAGUCAGUCAGUCAGUCAUAGUGUUAACUUUCCGGGGGGUGUAUUAUGUGUAUACGAUUUAUGUUUGUCGUGAUUUAUUGUGCUUUGAAGGUCAUUUAGGCAAUUACAGUUGUUUUAUUUAAAUAUUUGUUUGCCUUUUUACCAAGUUCACAAAAAUUUCGAGAAAUCGUUAUCGUUAUUGUAAAUUUUCGUAAAUUUUAUAACAUUCGCUUCUCAUGUUGUGUGAAGGAUCUUUCCCCCGGAAAACCCAUUUUUUCUUUAUGAACGCAAAUGCGCAUGCGCUAUCAAGCCGUAGAUCACGAUGGCGAGACGAUGCUAAAGAACGAGCGCUGGAGCGACACAGUUUUGUUUUCAAAUUAUAAACAUUUUAGAUGUGAAUAUUGAGUAAAUCUUUGAGAAUCUACGCAAUAUAUAGAUUGAUGUUAUGCAUUACGGGCAUUCAAUUAAAUACCGAUAGUAUUUUGACGGUAUAUUCGUUAUACAAAGCUAGGAGGCAGCGAGACAAGUGUUGUUUUGAAAUGUAUAAACAUUUCAGAUGUGUAUUAAUAUAUUGAGGAAAAUCUUUGAGACUCUACGCAAUGUAUAAAUCGAUGUUAUGCAUUACAGGCAUUCAAUUAAGUACCGAUAUUAGUUUGAGGGUAUAUUCAUUAUACAGAGCUAGGAAGCAGCGAGACCUCUGCAGCGAGACACUGUGUUGUUUUCAAAAUGUAUAAACAUUUCAGACGUGUAUUAUAUUGAGAAAAUCUUUGAGAUCGCGUAGCCUACUAUGCAAUAUAUAUUGAUGUUAUGCAUUACGCAUUUACGGGCAUUCAACUGCCGAUAUUAGUUUGACGGUAUAUUCAUUGUGCAGAGCUAGCAGUGUUGUUUUCAACCGUAUAAACAUUUCAGACGUGUAUUAUAUAUUAUUGAGAAAAUCUUUGAGAUACUAUACGCAAUAUAUGAAUUGAUGUUAUAUGCAUUCAGAUUUACGGGAAUUCAACUGCCGAUAUCAGUUUGACGUUAUAUUAAUGUGCAGAGCUAGCAGUGUUGUUUUCAACCGUAUAAACAUUUCAGACGUGUAUUAUAUAUUAUUGAGAAAAUCUUUGAGAUACUACGCAAUAUAUGAAUUGAUGUUAUGCAUUCAGAUUUACGGGAAUUCAACUGCCGAUAUCAGUUUGACAUUAUAUUCAUUGUGCAGAGCUAAGCAGUGUUGUUUUCAACCGUAUAAACAUUUCAGACGUGUAUUAUAUAUUAUUGAGAAAAUCUUUGAGAUACUACGCAAUAUAUAAAUUGACGUUAUGACUUAUGCAUUCAGAUUUACGGAAAUUCAACUGCCGAUAUCAGUUUGUGUUGUUUUCAAAUGUAUAAACAUUUCGGACAUAAAUACAGUAUUGAGAAAAACUUGGUUUACUGUACGUGUCUAUAUAGCACAAUGGUGCAAACUCGUGUUCAGUGCAACGAGAACUCUAUCUUACGAGAAUUUAUCUGUAUCAAAACUUGUCAGAACUGCUAUAAACACUGCUAUAACUGUGAAACCAUUGAAAUAUUGAUUGCAUGCGAAAAGCUGAAAGUGAAUCAUGCAUGAACACAACGUGAACUUCAAAAUAACUCAAAGGUCAGUGAGCUUGUUAUUGUGACAUGUCACAUGUCACAAUUAGGUUAAAAUGCGGAAGCGGAGGCGAAACGGAGCGGAUCCACGGAACAGGUAUGGAGUUAAAUUCCGAAACGGAUUUGGAUAAAAUCGGAUUUGGAUAAAAUCGCCUCUUUUUUACGUUUCCGUGUUUUAGAUUUAUGUUUUUUUUGUAAUGGAAUGCAACGUUGUAGUGCUUAUUAUUCAGAACAUAUCUUAUACAGCUAUUUCACUAAAGUUGUGACUGGGACAACAGUCAAAUUUACAAUAUGGGCGCUAAAAUGAUAAUGGCAUUGGCAAUAAUCAUAGAUUUAAAUAAGUUUAGCAUAUCAGUAGCCUUGUGGGGAUACUUACCACAACAUAAAUUGUGUCAGUUCCAUUUCUGAUGUGUUAGGCAUGUUUCAAACGUGGGGUUAUUCGUGUGCCGAUAAAAAACAAUAGAUGAGUAAAAUGCCUAUGGUAACUGUUUAUUUCGUGGUGUAACCUAUCAGCUUUUCUAGGUUUGUCGGCGAUCCUAUAUAAUUAUUGCGGUGUCUUUCAAUUUCAAACUUUACAAAAUAACAGAAAUUAAGCCUUGUCACUAUAAUAUUAUAUGAGGAAAUAAAUAAUAUUACGUAACUCUCGUUAUUCUUCAUCCGUAAAGUAUUAUAUUAGUUAUAUUAGUAUAUUUAAACCAGAUCUUAGCCUUUUUACUGUUGUAACAGUUCCGCCAGCUACUGCAACAUGUGAUUAAGACUAUAAACCACGCUUGCAAAGCUAUUCAAUUUAUAAGCAUGUCUUAUAGCGUCGGUCUUUGAAACUCUGCACUAUCCUUGGAUCCCUAGUUAUGUACCAGGCUAGCCCGGCAAACAGGAGUAGUACACAGACCAUUGGUCAGGACAAAUAGACUUUCUUUGUCCAAGUUCGGCCAUGCGGAUCAUCAUGUUGAUUAGCCUGCGUAGCAGGCGUUUAGUGCGUGCGGAAGAAGAAAGGCCUCUCUUCUCCCACCCGCACUAAACGCCUGGUACGCAGGCUACAUGUUGAUUGGAUUUGGACUCAUGGCCGGAUUUUGAAAUCGUUUUGCACAUUCCCUGAAAACUGAAAACUUAUGCACUUCAACUUUAUUAGUUUAUUGGUCAAAGUCAAAGUUUGACUCCAAUUUAACAGUUAACUUGAAUGAUUAUUAUUCAAUUUUUUGCGUCGCUUUAUACCUAGGUCUUCUCUUUGCCAUCAUAAAGUUCUUGUAUAACAUUGAAAAAGUGAUAUUCAUGUCUGUGUCAAAUACUUUUUUAGUGCAAAGUUUGUAGUCAUAGUCAUGAUUCAUAUAAAUACAAUACUGAUACAGGUAUAUCAACAUUACAUGAGUACAAUAAUGUUCUUAGGGGCAUAUCGUAAACCCUAACCCCUCCUCCAGCAUUUACAUAUGAGAAGUAAGAAAAUCACUUAUUUUGAAACGAAUAAAUAUGUAACAAGUUAUGUCAUGUAUGAAAAACUACGAGUUAGUCGAAAUAAACAAAACGUGUCUUACAUUUGGGCCACACCCUUUCUCCUGGGGUUCUAUACAAUUCUUUCUACAUAGAAUAAAAGUUGGCUUUAAAUCCUGAAUCCGGACGUUGAAAUUUCUGUGCAGCUCAUUAAGAAGCCAUACUGUAGUUUGCUCUUCCGUCCUGGCAGUGAUAUAUCAACACAUAUUAAUCCUAGUCUGUAGAACACUAGCAAAAUAUAUGUUUCGUGCAAUAUCAAGAGAUUUUUGACUAUCAUUAAGCAUGUAUACCACGCACAUUGUGUCCGUAACAUUUACGUAAUAUCUGUAACAUAGCAUUUCGAAACAUGAGUCCGAAACACGAGAUUCACAGAAAUUAAGAUUUAAAAUUAUGUAUUGAAUUGGGUGGUAGUUUUAGCUGUGCCUGUAAUGUCCGUAACCAUUUAUUAAGCAUAUACAGAUCUAUUGCAGAUCUAUUUGCUUUGUAUCACAAGGUGUUAGUCUAGGUACAGCCUAAUAAUACAUGAAAUUAUAAUAAUUUUUUUAAGUAUAUAGAGUAGAAAGGAACACUUUGCAAUAUAAUCUCUGGCUGUAAUAUCCGUGACUGCGGAAAUGUGGAAUGACCCUUAAGUAGAUAAUUUUCACCUUAAAUUUCCAUCUACUAAAACACAUCAAUAUUCAGCUUGAUAGAGCUAGACGCCCAAAAAUCUUGAUAUUUAUACCCAUAUAUCUUACACUGGUAUCACCAGUAUAUAUUGUGGUUUAUGCUGGGUACCUGGGUUCUGCAGCUCAGUGGCCAGAGUUGCUGCACCGCAAUCUCUUGGGGGUUCCUGCCAGAGGGGGAGAGGGGACAAAGGUCUUCUUUUUAGAACUGCCACCAGCUGCUUGUACGAUCCCAGGGUACCAAUUAACUUGCGACAAUGUCACGACAAUUACAACCAUAUGGAAACACGGCAUAAAAAUCAUUCACGACAAACACUUCACGACAAACACUUCACGACAAACACUUCACGACACGUUCGCGACACGUUCGCGACACGUUCGCGACACGUUCGCGACAGUUACAACCAUAUGGGAACAGCAUAAAAAUCAUUCACCACAAACACUUCACGACACGUUGGCGACACAUUCGCGACAGUUACAACCAGAUGGAGACCAAGCUUCAAACACUCAUUAAUAAUUCAUAAGCUUAUUGGCAAAUCAUGUCAACCAUAAUAUGUCACGUGCAGUGGCUUUAAACCUGAUAAAACACUCCUAAUUAGUAUUCUUUAUAUAAAGAAUACUAAUAAGGCAGUAUAUCUAUUGAAUUUGUAGUCGUGUUUGAAGCCGUUUAAUACACUCGCAGGUCGUGUUUUAUUAGGUCUAAAGCCACUCGCGCUGCGCGCUCGUGUCUUUAAACCUAAUAAAACACUCCUGCUCGUUUAUUAAACAGUACUUAAUAGAUCAUCAGUCCCCAGUCUGAACUAUAUUAGCGUAUAGUUUUCAUUGAUAAGCUAAUAUAUAUUUGCAUUCUCGUUGACUUUAGGCUGAAUCAAACGACGUUCGUAUCGGAACUGCAAAUCAAAGAGCUCGACAAAUUCUACAAAAUGCAUAAACAUUUCUGCUGACACACGUUGCAAUAUAUUAUAACGAUAAGCAAUGAAAUUGAUUAUAUUUUAAUAAAUCUUACUAUUAUGCAACUAUGUAACAAUUAUAGUCAAAGUUUGAUUACUAAUUAUUCUAUUUGUGUAUUUUUGAUAUAAUUUAUAUAGAGGUUUUGACUACAUUUUGCUUGUGAUUGCUGGCCAAUUAAUUUUAGCUCUUAUAUUGUUUAUGUAUAUUCAUUAAAUAGUCACAUAAAGUUGCUGUAAUACAAUGUACUGAUUAUUAAACAUUCAUAGUAAUGCCA